CACGGCCGUCUCGUCAGCGAGCAGCUCACACCCACCUUGGCUCCCACUUCCCAGCGAGCUCGCCUGCCAUGGCGCCGCCGGAGUCGGACUCCGGCUCCUCUGCUCCGCUCCUUCGCGCCGGAUCCGGCCACCGCCCCGCCACCGGCGGCUGGAGGUCCGCUCUCUUCAUAAUCUGGGUGGAGGUGGCGGAGCGGUUCGCGUACUACGGCAUCUCCUCCAACCUCAUCAGCUACCUGACCGGCCCGCUCGGUGAGAGCACGGCCGCCGCCGCCGCCGCCGUCAACGCCUGGUCCGGCGCCGCGUCCAUGCUGCCGCUGCUCGGCGCCGCCGUAGCCGACUCGUGGCUCGGCCGCUACCGCACCAUCGUCGCCUCCUCUCUGCUCUACAUCACGGGCCUAGGCAUGCUGACGCUCUCGUCCAUGCUCCCGUCGCCUGAGGGCCAGCAAUGCACAGUCUCCGCCCAAGGCCGGCGAGAAUGCCCGCGUUCCUCCCUCCAGACGGCCUUCUUCUACGUCUCGCUCUACCUGGUGGCCAUUGCGCAGAGCGGCCACAAGCCCUGCGUGCAGGCAUUCGGCGCCGACCAGUUCGACGUGACGGACCCCAGCGAGUCGUCGUCGCGAGGCUCCUUCUUCAACUGGUGGUACUUCGGGAUCUGCGGCAGCGCGACCGUCACCGUCGCGCUCAUGAGCUACGUCCAGGACAACGUCAGCUGGGGCCUUGGCUUCGGCGUGCCGUGCCUGAUCAUGCUGCUCGCGCUCGUCGUCUUCCUGCUCGGCACCAGGACGUACCGGUUCUACGGCUCCGGUCACGGCGAGGGCGCCGGUGCGUUCUCCCGUGUCGGUAGGGCCGUCAAGGCGUGGCGCAAGAGGUCGCCGGAGGGUGGCGCCUUGGUACAGCACGGUGACUGCUCGGAGGACGCUGUCCUCAUGGAGGAGGUGAGGGGCGUGGCGAGGCUGUUCCCGAUAUGGGCGACGUGUCUGCUCUACGGGGUGGUGUUCGCGCAGCCGCCGACGCUGUUCACGAAGCAGGCGGCGACACUGGACCGGAGGGUCGGGUCGUCGUCGUUGCAGGUGCCACCCGCGGCGCUCCAGUGCUUCUUGGGCGUCAGCGUCGUCACAUGCAUCGUGUUGUACGACCGCGUCCUGGUGCCCCUGGCGCGCAGGAUCACCGGCGUCGUCUCGGGCAUCACCAUGCUCCAGCGGAUCGGCACGGGCAUGGCGCUCGCCCUCAGCGCGCUCGUGAUCGCCGCGCUGGUGGAGAUGAAGCGGCUCGGCGCGGCGAGGGACGCCGGCGUGGUGGAUCAGCCCGACGCCGUGGUGCCCAUGAGCCUGUGGUGGAUUGUGCCGCAGUACGUGCUCCUCGGCGCGGCGGACGUGUUCGCCAUGGUCGGCAUGCAGGAGUUCUUCUACGACCAGAUGCCCGUCGAGCUCAAGAGCCUCGGGCUGGCGCUCUACCUGAGCGUCCUCGGCGUCGGAAGCUUCAUCAGCAGCUUCCUCAUCUCGGUCAUCGACAGCUUGACGAAGCGGGGCGGCGGGACGAGCUGGUUCGCCGACAAUCUGAACAGGGGCCAUCUUGAUUACUUCUACGUGCUCCUCGCUGCGCUCAGCGCGCUGGAGCUCCUUGCUUUCCUUUACUUCUCAGCGACUUACGUUUACAAGAGAAAGCAUGUCAAUCUUCACUGACCGGCUGACACAUCCGUCUAUGUAUUAUGGAUUUAUAUGGCCAGGUAUACAGAACGGCAUUUUGGA